AUGGCGGAGGCCAACGCUCUUGAGGAGCUCCAGUCCGAGCUCACCUGCCCCGUGUGCCUGGAGCUGUUCCGGGACCCUGUCAUCCUCGAGUGCGGUCACCACUUCUGCCAGAAGUGCAUCAUCCAGUGCUGGGAGGUCAAGAGCGAAGAGCUGACCAACUGCCCCAAGUGCAGAAAGGCCUGUGCGCGCAAGCUGCGCCCCAACUCCUUGCUGUGUAACGUGGUGGACAGCGUGCGCCGUGCGCGCGUCAUGGACGUCUCUGACUGUCCCGCGGCCUGGGACCCCGAACACCAGCACGACAUCUGCGAGGAGCGUGAGCCCGGCUCCAGCAUGAGCAGUGUGACCUCGUCCAUCUCACACUGGCCCCGGAUGUGCGAGGACAUGUGCGAGGAGCACGAAGAGAAGCUGAAGCUGUACUGUGAAGAUGACCAGCUGCCCAUCUGCCUGGUAUGCGGCAUGUCCCGGGACCACAAGACCCACAACGUCAUCCCCAUCAACGAAGCCUUUGAAAACUACAGGGACAAGCUGGCCGUGGCGCUGCAGAGGGUGCAGCUGCAGGCGGAGGAGGUCACGCUCUUCCAGAGACAAACCAACGAUAAGAUUCUCCUCAUCAAGGAAAAAGCUGGAGACCUGGAGGAGCAGGUCACAGCGGAAAUUGGCCGUUUGAGGGACUUUCUUCUGGAAGAGGAGCAGCGCAUCAAGGCAAAACUACAGAAGCAGAAAGAGGACAAACUUGAUCAACUAGAGCAGGCUCUGACACAGGCCACAGAGCAGAUCAGCCAACUGGAGAAAACUGCUGAUGAAUUGUGUGCCAAGCUCCAGGAGGAGGAAAACCCUGAGCAACUCAAGGGAAUCAAAGACUUCAUCGGAGGAGCUGAGAGCCUGUUUGACCGCCCCCUAGAGGUCAGUGUGGAUCUGCAGUCUGGGGACAUCCUGGGCCCUCUUCAGUACAGGACAUGGAGGAAGAUGUGGCAAAUCUUUAAGUCAGCUAUGACUAAAGUGACCCUUGACCCUAACACUGCCUACCCCUGCCUGUGGGUGUCUGAAUGCCGCACCAGCGUCCUGGUGGGCAACAUCCGUCCCAAUCUACCCAACAACCCCGAGCGCUUCACCCUCUACAACAUCGUCCUGGGCUGCGAGUCCUUCUCCUCCGGGCGCCACUACUGGGAGGUGGACGUGGGCUCGAAAAACGCCUGGGGCCUGGGAGUGGCCACGGCCUCGGUCAACAGAAAGGAGGAGAUCAGCCUCUGUCCCGAAGACGGAUUCUGGACACUGGUGCUCCGCGACAACGGAGACGGCACCAGCGAGUACGAGGCUUGCACGGACUCGGAGGAGGAGGGCCUGGUCCAACCGUCCAAACGUCCCAGGAUCGUGGGGGUCUACCUGGACUGUGGCCGAGGGGAGGUGGCCUUUUACAAUGCGGAGGAUAUGGAACAUCUAUUCACGUUCUACGGCGCUAAAUUCAAAGAGCCGGUUUUCCCAUAUUUUAACCCCUGGCCCAUCAUCAACGGGCUAAAUCGAGAGCCUCUCAUUAUAGUUUCACCGCACUGGGAUUAA